AUUUAUUGAAAGCAGAAGGAGUUGAAGAGAGAAGAAGACAACAAUGUCUUGGAGAAAAAAGGAAAAGCCUUCAUUUUUCAAGGUUCUCAGCAACAAGGAUUUCCGUAAGCUACUGCGUUUGCCGCCUCAUUUCUUGAGAAAAUAUGAGUUAACUCUGCCUGCAAAUGUGAAGCUGAGAGUGGAUGAUUCUGGAAGAAGAUGGAAUGUGAGAGUGGAGCCAAUGGAUGAUGGCUUGCUUUGCUUCACCAAUGGCUGGGAGAAGUUUGCGAAAGAUGCUGCUCUCAACUUGGGAGAAUUUCUGGUUUUCUCGUUGCUUUCGAAAUCCGAGUUUAAUGUUGUCAUCUAUGAAACUAGCUGCUGUGAGAGGGAGAUUCCAACCCACGGUGGAGGAGAUGAAACUGAGAGUGGGAUUAAGUGGGGAAGAGGAAGGCCACCUCUCAACAUAAAAAGAGAGACCACACUGGAGAUUCCACCCAGUCGCCGUUCGAGGGUUGAAGUGAAAUCCCAAGUAAAGGGCAUUUAUAAAAGAAAUGGUUAUUCCAAGAAGAGCGAUCCACUCUGCUUUGAGAGGUUGCUGAAGACGCAUCACAGAUCAUUAUUUACUCUUCCUAAGGAGUUCUCGGUGGCGAGUAAUAUGAAGGUGAGAACGCAAGUGAGGAUGAAGUAUGUCGGCAACCCCCGCGGCGUAUCUCGUGUCGUCGCGGUCUAUCCUCGGCCGCAGAUGUAUAGAAUUGACUUGGGAAGAGGCUGGAGGCAAUUCCAAGUGGAAAAUGGGGUAGAGUUCGGUAAAACCUACUCUUUCGAGUUCAAUCCCGACAAUCAAGUCAUCUAUGUCAACCAAGUAGAUUCGUCAGAAUGAGGAAGCGUUUACUUUGCAUGAGUGAUCUAUGGUAAAAAAAAGCUUAUAAAAUUCUGGUAUUUAUGAAUGA